UCUCCGUGUGGGACCCGCCGAUAGGAAAACGUUUCCCAGAAUUCCCCGGGACCUGGCACGGUCGGAACCCAGGAACUACAACUCCCAGGAUUCUGUGCUCCGUUGGGGGUGGGGCUUUCUGGCGACUACUCCCGCGAAAACGAGAUGGCAGAGAGGCCGGGGUCUCGGCACCGCUCGCUGUAUAAACUGAUGGGCUCGCCGCCUUGGAAAGAGGCUUUCAGGCAGGGAUGCCUGGAGAGAAUGAGAAACAGCCGGGACAGGCUCCUGAGCAAAUACCGCCAGGCUGGAGGCAGUAUGUCAGGAGGCGCUCAGAACACCCUUCUAGUGCAGGAGGUGAUGGAAGAAGAGUGGAAUGCUUUGCAGUCAGUGGAGAGCUGGCCACAGGCCUGGGCUCAGUUGGAGGAGCCGAUGGACCUGGCUGUGCUGGAGGAAAUCCAACAGGAGCUGAUUGAUCAAGAACAGUCCAUCAUCAGUGAGUACGAGAAGAGCUUGCAGUUUGACGAACAGUGUCUCAGUGUCAUGCUUGCUGAGUGGGAAGCAAACCCCCUCAUCUGUCCCGUGUGUACAAAGUACAACCUGAGGAUAGCAGGCGGACUGGUCGUGUGUCAGUGUGGCCUAUACAUCCAGUCUCAUUCUCCGGAGGUGACAGAGCAAAAGCUUCGUGCCUGUUUAGAAGACAGUGUGAAUGAGCACAGUGCACAUUGUCCCCACACGCCAGAAUUUUCAGUCACUGAGGGGACAGAGGAGAAGUCAUGUCUUCUCAUGAGCUGUCUGGCUUGUGAUACUUGGGCUGUGAUCCUCUAGAGUUGGUCCCAGUCUUGAUGUAUGAUCUACUGUGUUGGAAGAAAGUCCCAUCUUGAGAAGUGGCCUUGUAAAUACAAACCUUUUAUUUAUAACUUAUUUAAUAUUAAAACAUUUCAGACUUUC